AUGGAAUCAGCAUCAAUUAAAACUGCUUUGGACUUUUUAGAGUACAACAGAAAACAUAAAGUUAAUGUUGAAAAAAGUAAUAAACCUAAUUCUCAUAUUGCCCCACGUUUCAAUUGGAAGAGAGAUCUUGGUACUUGGUUAGGUGGCUUGAUUGGUUCAAUUCCAAUUUUUGGUUCAAUCGCUGCUGCAUGGUUUAAUAUCGGUUAUACUCACUUUUUUAUGGAUGGUGAUGGUCAAGUUUAUGUUCCAGUAACUGUUUUUCAAGAUAUGUUGAAUGAAUUCAGAGAAGAAAUGGAGGUUUUAAUGAAUGAGAAAUUAGAUGACAUGUAUGUUGAUUUGGCCAAUAAAGCCUUUGCCACUCUCCAACUUGCUUGCAACGAAUAUAAUACCAGAGUUGCCGCUUAUGAAAAAAAUUAUGGAUCAGGAAAAUCAAUGGGAUCAAUGGAUUCAAAAUCAGUUCCAAAUUACUUAAAGAUCAAAAUUACAGAUGAAAAACUUAUCAAUUCUGAUGAAGAAGCAGCAAAAGAAAUGAUAAGAACUCAACAUUCAAUUGUAAUCAAUGAAAUGGAACGUUGUUUCAUUUUGUUUACUGAGGGAACAAAAGAACAAAACGAGUUAUUAGUUGGUAAUUUAUUUACAGGGUCCUUAUUCUACAUUCUAAUCCAAAGAGAUGUCUACUAUAAAGGACAAGAAUGGGGUUUUUCAAAUGAUUAUAUCCAAAGAGCCAAAUCUAUGGUCACCGAUAGAAUUGAUAAAACUUUUACACAUGUUCUCAAGUUAAUGGGAUCGGUUUUAAGUCUCAGUCAAGUCAGUAAAGAAAAAGCUGAAGAUCUAUUCAAUAUCUAUAAACAAUUUGCUUACUUGGAUCCAUCACGUUUCCCAUUAGGUUCCACCAGAGUUCCAAUUAGCACAUCAAAUUACACUGCUGUAAUUCCAAAAGAGUUUGAAAAUGGUGAUGACUAUGCAUACAUCUUUGAAACCAUAAAUGCUAAAAACACUGAUUUCUUUGCAGGUAAUUUAGAAUAUGUCUACAAUAUCGAUCUUUAUUCUGCCACUUCGUUUGAAUUCAAGAUCUCAAGACCUUCAAAACAAUUUACCACUGGUUCUCUUUAUGUAUAUGUACCUAAAAACUUUACAGGUGGAUCAGAUCCAAUCGUUUACAAAGUCAAUUCAAAAGUUAUAACUCCAACAUACGCCGAAACAAAAGAUGAAGCAUCAUAUCUCGGUUUUGCAAUUACCCAAUAUGCAAAAUUAGAUGUAACUAUCAACGCUACUGAAUUUACAUUAAGUGUAUCUCAUCCAACUCAAUAUAAUUUAAUGACAUCCCAUGUUAAAGCAUUCCUCAAAUAAAAAAAGAGAUGUCAGAAAAUUAAACUAUUUCUAAAAAUUAAUAUUAAAAAGAAAAAAAGAAAAACAAGAAAUAGUAAGGUUUAAAUAAAAGAUAUUAUUUUAUUAAAAUAAUUUUAAUCUACAUC